AUGGCUGGCCCCACCACUGCCGAUCAGCCCGUCCCCCCAACCUCAACAACUAAUACCACUUGUGUCAUCCCCGGACUUUCCUCUCAACCACCCAACAACCCAGCUUCCAAGCGCUCCCAUAAAAAGAAAACUGGCUCAAAAGUCGACAACACCACCAAGGCUGUCGCCCGCGUUCCCGCCUUUGUUGAUGAGCCCAAUGAGCUCACCGAACCCGCUCCUGCACCUCUCAUCACAUCCAUGCCCAAGCCUCUCAAUGGGCUGACCCCAUCAGCCCCACCCGCCUCUGCUUCUGUAUCCAUAUUGCCCGUUCAACAACAACACAUUGGUGGUUACGAGAGUAGCACUGCUCCGUUGAACAAAGAUCAAAAACGGGCUAUCACUUCUAAACCAGCCUUAGAAGCUACCGUCAAAGAAUUACAAGACUUGUUGAAAAUUCUAGAAGAAGAUGAGAAACUCGAUGAACUUUGA